AUGUCAUCUGUAGCAGUCGUUACAGCACAGGCCAUUCAAGGGCCUGUGCUCGCUGGUCUCUUCCUCAACUUGACCUUGCUCGGCAUCUCGAUCACCCAGACCUACUUCUUCUUCAACGCAAAUACCAAGGAUAAGCCAUGGGUCAAGAAGUUCAUCAUCUUCCUGUUCUUCAUGGACGUUGUGAACUCAGUCUUUGACAUGAUAUACGUGUACGACGCUCUGGUCAACCACAACGGAGACGUCGUUGCAAUGUCAUCGGCUACAUGGAGUUUCGCUACUGACCCCAUGUGCACGGGUAUCAUCGGUGGUGUUGUCCAGGUCUUCUUCGGCUGGCGUGUCAAGGUCUUGACCGGCAGUAACAUCGCUGCUGCGAUCAUUUGGUUCUUCGGCGUCGUCCAGUGCUUGGCUGGUAUUGGCACUGGUAUCGCUGUCAUCAUCGUCCCCGAGUUCUUGCACUUCCAGUCGUUCACCCCCAUCACUUGCGUAUGGCUCGCCGGCUCUGCCGUCUGCGACGUCUCAAUCACGCUCAUGCUUGUCUUCUACCUGCGCAAGCACAAGACGGGUUACCAGUACACCGAUGACAUCGUCGACCGUAUCAUCCGCCUCACCGUUCAGACCGGUAUGAUUACCAGUAUUGUGGCAAUCAUCGACAUGGUUCUGUAUCUCACCAGCCCCAAGGCUUACCAUCUUACAUUCAACUUCAUGCUCGCGAAGCUGUACACGAACUCGCUCUUGAGUUCUCUCAACGCCCGCAAGGGAUGGGCAUACUCGACUGGAUCCCAGCCAUCACGGGAGAUGCCCUCUCGCUCAGGGGGCGUGUCGUCAGGUCGUCGUCCCGGCGAGGUCAUCAACCUUAGCCAGCUUGGCAACGCCCACACGCGUCCGCAGGUCUUCGUCGCGGUCGAGUCUCACCAGGUUGUGGACGACCCGCACGCGUAUGACAAGAAGGAAGUCGACUUCAACCAAAGCUUCGUGCCAGAGGUGCACGCUUCGUAG